AUGCGGCAGCUGCUGCUGCUGCUGCCGCUGCUGUGGGCAGGGUCCCUGGCUCAGGACCAGAGCUACCGGCUGGACGUGCAAGAGACCGUGACGGUGCAGGAGGGCCUGUGUGUCCGCGUGUCUUGCUCCUUCUUCCAUUCUUGGAUCUCCUGGUCUGCGCCUGUUCACGGCUACUGGUUCCGCGAAGAGGCCAAUCCGUCCCGGGAGGAUCCCGUGGCCACAAACAACCCAGCUCGUAAAGUGCGGGAGGAGACCCGAGGCCGAUUCCACCUCCUCGGGGACCCGCGGAGCAAGAGCUGCUCCCUGGACAUCAGAGACGCACAGACGAGGGACACCGGGACAUACUUCUUCAGGGUGGAGGGCAGUCCUAACGUGGGACAUAGCUACUUAGAGAACAAGCUCUCUGUGUGCGUGACGGACGCUCCGGAGAAUCUGACCGUCCACGUCUUCCGGGGAAAGAGCACAGGUGGGCGAGUCCCUGGGUGGAGCUGAGGUCAGACGCGGGGCUGGGGGACGCGGGGAAGGUUGGACAGGACCAAGCCCAUCCCUCCUCAGCUCCUCCCUCCUCUCUCUGCCCCCCGCCGCCCCCAGCAGGACUCUCUCUAGGGCUGCUGGGAAUUC